AUGGGUUCUUCAUUUACCACUGACUUUAUUGUUGAAACUUCAGAUUUCAUUUCCACAGGGUACAGAAUAUUUAUACCUUCCACAAAGACAACGGAGGUGCAUCAAGAUGCAAUUUUCUUGCCACCAGCAGUAUAUGAAAGGGAGAAGAAAACUGAUGUUGAUGGAAAAGAAUCAGAUGCUAUAUGUUGUGAUGAAGAGAACAUAGGUAAAGCUUCAGGUUCAGAGGAACAGAGAGAAGAAUCGAGGACUGAGGAUCCAGAGGAAGAUGUAGUUUUUGAUGACAAGAAGAUGUACAAUCUUAGUCCCAGGAGGAAAAUUCAACACCUGAUUUACUUGGGGGAUGAUGAGUUGGGCCUGUUGAAAGCAGUGAAUGAUGAAGACCCCAGCACCUAUGCUGAAGCAGUGUCUUGUAGUGAAGCUAAAAAUUGGAAAGAUGCUAUAGCAAGAGAGCUGCAAGCCCAGGUGGAAGAAAACAACACAUGGGAUUAUGUAUGGUGCGGGUGCUACCAGACGCUCAUGUUCGUCGUAUGCAGCUUCUGCGUCAUGAGCGAGGCCGCGGCGAUCGCCUCACUCACUGUCGGAGUCCCAUUUGCAGUGUGCGACAUGGAAGUAGAAACCGACGCCAUUCCCUGGUCCAGCGGUAUGCUGUUACAAGGUGCCGCAUUUGGUGCCACUAUCCUGGGCGCGUUGGCAGACGCGCGUGGGCGGUGUCUGGCGCUUCCCCUGGGCCUGCUGGUCGCCUCAUCUGGACUGUUGGUAGCCGCCUUCGCGACCUCAGGAUCUGCCCUCAUCUUCGGCGCCUUGCUGCUCGGACUCGGGUUGGGCGGCGUGGGACCCUUGGCUCGCGUAUACCUGGCGGAGAUCCUGCCCGCUCGCUUGCGCGGCUGCGUCCUGGUGCUGCUAAACGCCUGUUGGGUGGCCGCCUACCUCGCUUCUCUUCAUGCGUGGUGGGAGCUGAGUCCGCUGGGUGGGGCGCGUCCGCAGAAGCUGGAGGUGGGUACGCUGCGGCUCUGGUCGUGGCGAACUGGAAUGGUGCUGACAAGCUUCGCGUGCCUGCUGUCCGCCUGCACCACGGGCGUGCUGCGCAACACGGCCAGGCACCUGCUCUCCAGAGGCCGUCAGGGGGAAGCACACGUCGUGCUGCGCCGCAUGUUCGCUAUCAACCAUAACAAGCUCGAGGCUGACUACCAGAGGCCGUCAGGGGAAAGCAAACGUAAUCCUGCGCCGCAUUUUCGCUAUCAACCACAACAAGCUUGA